ACGGGAAAAUGGCAGUAAAUCCUUUGCCAUCAUCUCUACCUGGCAGCGUCAAUUCGUAUUUCAACGCCUACAAAAACUCGCUUUUUGCCGAUGUCGAAAAACAGAAAACAACCUGCAAAAAACGUUUUAUCCACAGACUGGUGUAUGUAGCAACGAGAAAGCUAAACGCUGACGAUAAACAGAGUGCAAUUGCAGAAUACUAUGAGCAAUUUUUGUCGAAAUUCCAGAAAAACACACAGACUGAGAAAGUCACUGGCAUACUGCUAUUAUAUCCCAAAAGUAUCAUUCAUUUGAUGGAGUCCUCUUCAGAAGUUCUCCACAUGAUUCUGGAAGAUCUGAAUGACAUGGAGAAAAGCCCAAACUGCCCACUGAAGGAGGUGCGUAUCCUGGUGGUGUCUCAUUGUGUGCUGAGACGUAUGUUCCCGUUGUGGGGUUACCGCUUCGUGACGCUGCCCCUCAGCCUCCAGGACCCCAACCCACAGACCCAGCCCGUGGAGACCCUAGUCCCAGACAGCCUGGCCAUGAUCUACAAGAUGUGUGUGUGUCUACUCAAACACAGGGUAAAAGAGAUGCUUAAUACUGUUGGUGGUGAAUGUCCACGUCUUUGUUGCAUGUCUGUACAUGCCAAUCUUAAGACAAAUCCAUCCUUUCCUUUGUAAGGUAUUUUGAUAUGAUACAAAGCCCUCCACAUGAGAAUAGUGUCAGGCCUGUUGGUGUUUGUGUGGUUCAAUAGAGUAUUUGUUCACUGUGUGUGUUGUUCUAUAGGGUAGCUGUUCAGUGUGUGUGCGUUAUUCUAUAGGGUAGCUGUUCAGUGUGUGUGUGUGUGUGGGUUGUUCUUUAGAGUAGCUGUUCAGUGUGUGUGUUGUUCUAUAGGGUAGCUGUUCAGUGCAUGUGUUGUUCUAUAGGGUAGCUGUUCAGUGUGUGUGUGUGUUGUUCUAUAGGGUAGCUGUUCAGUGCGUGUGUGUUGUUCUUUAGAGUAGCUGUUCAGUGCGUGUGUUGUUCUAUAGGGUAGCUGUUCAGUGCGUGUUAUGUUGCUCUACAGCAGGGGUGGGCAACUCCAGUCUUCCAGGGCCUGAUUGGUGUCACACUUCUUCUCCAUCCCUAC